UGUGUUUAUGAUGUCAUUUGAAGGGGAGUUUGGGACGGGUCUGUCCAUUGGACGACUGGACAGACAAAGACAGUAACAAACGGCUAACGUCAAUUUAAUCCUCGCUCUUUUAAUCAUCGGACUUUAAUUCACGUUUAAAUCCCCCAUGACGCUUAAAAUGGACACCGUGUCAGUUUUGGGGUUGUGUGUGGUGAACAUAAGUUCAGACGUUUUUGAAAUUUAACCAUGGAAACUAAAAGCAAGCGGACAGCAGCGACAACAAAAAGUCAGUUGACAACCCGCGCUGUAACACGGCAGAUAAUACCCGAAUAAUGGACGAUGUGAAAACUGGCCCGAACCGGGACUGAACCUCCUGCCCGGGUCUCCUCAGGCUACAUGUCGCCCUCCUCUCCGUGCCAGAUGCCUUCGCGGGGCGACGGGGGCUAUAAGCCGACACCGGUGUCCCCUGCUCCGCCUGUCCCACCGAGGAGGGUCAGGGGCUCCGGCAGGACGCGGCGGUCCGGAGCAGGGUUGGGGUCAGCGGGAGCCGGAGCAGCGGAGAGGCGGGUAAAGUGUGUGCUGGCUGGAGACGGAGCGGUGGGGAAAACCAGCCUGGUAGUCAGCUACACCACCAACGGGUAUCCCACCGAGUACGUCCCGACCGCGUUUGACAACUUCUCAGCGGUGGUAUCAGUGGACGGGCAGCCAGUCAAACUACAACUCUGUGACACAGCCGGACAGGAUGAGUUUGACAAGCUGCGGCCUCUGUGUUACACCAGUGCAGAUGUGUUCCUGCUGUGCUUCAGCGUCGUUAGUCCCGCCUCCUUCCAAAAUGUUCCUGAGAAGUGGGUUCCAGAGAUACGGAGACACGCACCCUUCGCUCCGCUCGUCCUCGUUGGGACGCAGUGUGACCUCCGAGAAGAUGUCAAGGUUCUCAUUGACCUGGCUAAGUACAGGGAGCGACCUGUGAACGCAGCAGAUGCCCGGGACUGUGCAGUGGAGAUUGGAGCUGUGGCUUACAUGGAGUGCUCUUCCCUGACCCAAAAAAAUUUGAAAGAAGUGUUUGACACGGCCAUACUGGCCAGCCUGCAGAACUACAGCUCCCAAAAGCACAAAAGAGGAAAACAGAAACGACGAAAAAAGCAAAAGCAGACACCGGACAAGAUGAAGAGUCUGUCUAAGUCAUGGUGGAAGAGGUACUGCUGUGUGGCCUAGAGCAGACGUGUGAGGAGUUUGGGUCAAAGACUCGCAUCUUCUGUUGACUUUAUCCUGGUCUGGAUUUAGCUGGGUCAAGGUUCUGCCUGGACUGCCUGAUGUUGAGCAGGACCUCAACUGGACUAUAGCUGGGAACCAAAGUAAGACUGUUAUGGAUCUAAAAUGUUUUACUUUUUGUUUUUAUUCAAUGGUUUUAAUCUUAUCAUGGAUGAGAUUUACUAGUGAUCCCAGCUUGGUUCUAACAAACCCUGCGCUUAAAAUACAGUAAUACUGCAGUGGUACUCGUGCCUCUUCUGGAAUAACACUGAUACAAACAGGGAUUAGCAGAAGACCCUCUAAAUGCCAUAGUAGAUGGGGCGAUGUUGCUUUUUAUCAAACCGGACUAGAUUUGAAUAAAAACAGUUUUGUCUGUGUUUAACACAUAAAAAGCAAAAGUAUUUAGUCUGGUGUUCUCGUAAUAAUCUUCCCAGUCUUGCACAGAUUUAUGUAUGCUUGUCAUGUAGGUGGGAAGGGAGCUUGACUCACUAAAACUGCAUCUAAACUUCCAUUGUCUAACAUGUUUCCAACACUCAUGAUUGGGAAGAACUGCUGACUAAAAUAGAGUGUCUCUGAGACAAAACCUCGUCCUUACAUACAUAUGAAAAGAAGUUAUUUAGGAUUUUCUGAUAUGAUCACCAGACAUGAUUUAAGUCAGAACAUGGUAAAAAAAACACAGUUAACUGUGGUGCAGCCUAUAAACCUGAUCUGAAACCUGGACCACGGUUUUCCUUUUAUUUUAGUCGUGAUCUGAACUAUUUAUGGCCCUAUGUCCGGGUUGGUUUUUAGUGUGGUUUCCUCUACAUCCUGCGUCAGGUUUCCAUUGAUAGCUAGGAUCAUUCAUCAUCUGUGUACUGUGGUGGUGGACGGUAGACUGGCUAGCACUUGACCUUUAUUGGGCAUGAUGACCUUUUAUAAUUCCAGUGUUGUUCUCUUCUUCUUCAUGUUCACAUAGUUCCACAAGCCACAACUUUGCUCAGUAUACUGUAGCCGAGUGACUUCUCUUAACCAGUAAUCAGUAUGCUGCAAGGCAGGCACACACUAGCCUAUAUGGGUUUCAGAUAUACGUACUGCUCUGUGUGUGUUUGAUUUAUCAGACACCUAAACAGCCUCACUGUGAGUGUGAGCACUUAGCCGAAUUAGAUCAACAAAGUGCUCUUUGCAUGUGUUUAAAUUUAGAGAAUGGGCUCAGCUGUUAGUUUCUGUAGGUUUGCAGUGAGAAAAUAAUUUAGAAGAAACUGAAAAAA